CAGCCUGGUGCCGGGUAUCAGCUGUCUGCUUAUGUACUGUACAUGUACGUGUGCGUGCACGGUUGUGUGAAAGUUUGUACAACUGCAUUAAAUUAAUGCUGCUACUGCAGAGUAAUACUAGCUACUUGUCAGGGAAUAUCCUUGUCAGCUGGGUAUUUUUACCAAAACACAUAAAAAUUGCCUGCAGGAAAUAACCUCUCCGUGGAGUAUUGAUUAUAGCCGUGACCAGAUUUUAACAAUGCUUGCAAGGGUUCUGGGCAGGCAGGAAGACAUGUGAUGCCUCAUUACAGCUCACUGGGGAGUUGUCCCAAGUCCCAAAACAUAAACACAUGUGUACAUGUACAUGUGCUAUAACCUCACUUCCAGUGACUACAUGCUCGCUAAGCACAAGACAGCUGAGCCACAUGUGAACUGAAGCUGAUGGUAUCGUUCAUACGCUGUGUCCCGUAAUGUAGAGCUACAUGUUCACACUCACAAAGGUCUGAGGACAGUCAAUAUCGAACUCAAUCAUGAACUGAAGAAUCUGUGCUGUGCAUCAACUGAAGGUUUCUUUGUGCUCUAUCAUGGAUCUACCACGUGAAGUCAAGACUGAGAACUUGCUCCAAAACUCGUGCCUUCAUUUCCCAUUAACUUUGAAGGACGUAAUUAAUUUAGCAUAAAUUUGCAUCAGCCUUGAGGAAGUAUACAUGUAUUCCCGACAUUUUUGCAGCAACAGAGUCAUCAUACAUGUAAUUGCAAAGGGACAAGUGACGUGUUUAAGGAGUAAUACUGGAAAUAUUGCCAGCUGACACUGCUUCAGUUCUCAAAGAAAACAUUGUGAAUGACUGUGACGUCAAUCCUCGUUCAUUUGCCCUCUUUUGGAAAAGUCAUCCUUUGUAGCAAAGAACUUAACUUUAACCAUGAGGAUUCACAUACGCCGCAUGCUGCAAUACCUGGUCUUUAUCUUCCUGCUGUUCUUUGUGGGGACAGUCCUCAUCAAGAAGGGAUCAGAGGACAUGGAGCCCGGGCGUGCACAGGGAAGGAAAGUACAUGGGGAUGGGGCAGGUGCAGGGGACGGGGACAUCAUUAGAAGAAACCAAGAUAACGCAGUACUGCCUGGGCUUCAUGUACCACAGAAUGGAGCCCUGCCCCCAGGGGCUGCUGGUGGUGGCAACCAGUUCAGAAAUUUUGCAGUAGGGGAACAGGUACUAAGAAAGAAAGACUGGCACGACUAUGAGAGGAUUCAGGCUGAGAAAUUGAAAACAGGUCCUGGUGAGCAUGGCACAGGGGUUGUUCUUACCCCGGACCUGAAGAGGACUGCAGCUGCAGACACCAAAGCCAACGGCUUCAACGAACGGGUCAGUGACAUGAUCUCAUUGGACAGAUCUCUCAAAGACAUCCGAAACCUGAGGUGUAAGGAGAUCCAGUACUUAGAGAAGCUGCCCAAUGCUAGCAUUGUGAUUCCAUUCCACAACGAGGCCAUGUCAACGCUCAAGCGCACGGUCCACAGCGUCAUCAACCAGUCACCCCCUGAGCUGAUCCACGAGAUCAUCCUUGUGGAUGACUACAGCGACCGCAAAUAUUUAAAACAGCCUCUAGAGGAAUACAUGCAGCGAUUUUCCAAAGUCAAGAUCCUGCGAAUGGACAAGCGCGAGGGCCUGAUCAGGACCAGACUAUAUGGUGGUCGCCAGGCAACGGGAGAGGUUUUGAUAUACCUUGAUUCCCACUGUGAAGCUAACACAAACUGGUUACCCCCUUUAUUGGAACGCAUUGCCCUGAACCGCAAGUGCAUCGCCUGCCCCAUGAUUGAUGUCAUUGGCAACGAGGAUUUCCACUACGAGUCGCAGGCUGGUGACAUCAUGCGGGGGGCCUUUGACUGGGAGCUUUACUAUAAAAGGAUUCCUAUCAACAAUGCAGAGAUGAAACGCAGACAGUUUGACACGGACCCGGUCAAGACGCCCAUCAUGGCUGGUGGUCUCUUUGCCGUGGACCGCCGCUACUUCUUUGACGAGUUGGGGGGUUACGAUGAAGGCUUGGAGGUGUGGGGCGGGGAACAGUACGACCUCUCCUUCAAGGUGUGGCUGUGUGGGGGAGAGAUGGAGGAAGUACCUUGUUCCAGGGUGGGGCACGUCUAUCGGAAAUUCAUGUCUUACACAGUGCCCGGAGGAGGCGGAGUCAUACACAAGAAUCUGAUGCGAGUAGUGGAGGUUUGGUUUGAUGACUGGAAGAAAUAUUUCUACAUGCACAAGCCUCACCUGAAGGGCAUGAAUUACGGCGACAUCAGCAAGCAGCUUGCCUUGAAAGAGCGCCUACAGUGCAAGAAUUUUACCUAUUUCAUGAACGUCAUAGCACCAGAUAUAAUGCAGUACUACCCACCGGUGGAGCCAGACCCUGGCGCCACGGGCUUUAUGCAACACGUGGAGAGUGGGCUGUGCUUAACAUUCACCCAAGGAAGGAAAUUAGAAAUUAUUUUAGAGCCUUGCUUGCCAAGCAGGCAAAAGAAAGGAGGAAAUCAGUACUUCACCUUAUCCUGGCAUGAUGACCUCCGACCUGGUAGGAAUGAGAAGCAGUGUGUGGACUAUCCCAACCGUGUGGAGGGAGGGGAGCCCAUUUUGUACCCUUGCCACGGUGGGAGGGGCAACCAAUUAUGGGUUUAUAAUCCGACGUACAAGCUUUUGUAUCACCCCACCUCCGAGCUGUGCCUUAGUAUUCUCCCAUCUGUCUCCAAGGGCCAAGAUGGCAAGGCCGUCACCAUGGUGAAAUGCAGCAAAUCUAACCCUGCUCUCAGCUGGAAGUUUGAAAAGACCUUCAAAAAGGUCUUAACUAGACUAAACCAGCAGUACCCAAUUGUCUUUAAGUAAUUCAAGAGCAGCCCACAAAGACACUCCUCCUUUUUGCAAACCCAAGGGACAAAAUACCAAUCUUGGAAAUGUUGAUGAUUUCCAAGCGAUUGGCAGGUUGGUAUCGAUGUCAGUUUGUGGAUUGCUUUGGGGAUAUACCAAAUUGCACCACUGAAAUUACUGAGAAUUCAGAGCAUGUAAUUUGGCUUUUUUUCCUGUUUUUUACCCUUUUCAUUAGGUGUCUUUCUCCGCGGCCGGAUCAGCAUUUUCCUUUUUGUCCAAUUGAUUGUGUUGUAUUAAUUGUUUUGGUGCAUGUUGUUCGUUUUUAUGUGACCAAAACAUUCUUUAUAUAUUUCAAUUUUCUUUCAAGAAUGAAAUUCUGGAUUGCAAAAUAAUUAUUUCAAAAACAAACAGGUCUUUUGGCUUCAGAUCUGGCAAAAGAAGAGCAUAACGUCUUGAAACUUAAAGGUUUGAGCAAUUUAUUGCAAAAAAGCAUGUAGAUAAUUUUUUUUUAAGUUCACAGAAUUAGAAAAUGACCGUACUUGUAAAUAUCAAUGCAGUGAUUAUUCCAAGUGCAAUCCAAACAGUCACAUCAACUCUUUCAUCAGCCACAAACUGGAAAAAUUGCACUCGUUCAUUGAAAAAACAUUCAAAUUAUGGCAUAUCAGUAUUUGUACCAUGUAUAAAACAGAGAGCUUUAUAUUUUAAAGGCAACUGUGUGGAGAAAUCUUAUGCAAAAAUUUAACGUGACUUCAAGCUGUCACGUGUACAUUAACAAAGGUUAAAACCAUAGAUCUGAAGCUUGCAACUUUGAGAUAGACAGAAAAGAAGGCUGUGUAGAAGAUGUGCGUCAUAUGCAUAUUAAUAUGCUCAGGACACAUAAAGUAUGUACUGUACACUUUCUGAGUAGAAUAUGCAUAUGACACAAGUCAUUCUGUGUGGCCUCCUUUUCCAUCUACCCAACUUCGAGCUCUGUAGUGAAGCUCUCAGCUUUUUUAAUCACUGUUAACGGAUUGAAUGUCACAUUUAAUGUGUUUAGCAGAUGCUUUUCUGUUAAUGACAAAAUAUAAAGUAACAACUGUUCAUUGUAUGCACUUUUUUCCCUUAAAGGCAGCCAAGCAACUACUUAAGAGAACAAUCUAGUGUCACAAGGAAUAAAGCACAUCCAAACACUCGACAAAACAAAGCAACACAAAUGGAAAAAAAAAGGAAAAAACAAAAACAAAACAAAACUGCAAAAAAGAAUUCAAAACAGCAUUGUAGAUUCAGCCACAAGUACACUGAAAACAAGGAACGUCUGGCCAUGUUUUACAUUGUAUUUUUAACAUUCUAUGUCAGAUGUACAUCCUGACAUCUGCUAUCAGCAUGUAAGAAUUGCAUUGGAUAAAUUUGGUAAUCACUUGAUUCUUAUGUCAUGUAAUCAGUACUAAACAUCGUGUAAGCCAAUGGAAUGAUUUUAUGUACAUAGCAUCUUAUUUUAAUCAUAAGUCAUAAUUUUUCUCACAUGGAAAGUUUGUGAUGCCCACAUCAGGACUUCAAAGCCAGUGUAACCUUGAAAAAUGAAAAAAAAAAUCAUCUGCUCAGAAGCCACAAAAGAAUCUGUGCAUGUUCAACUGUAAGGCAGUGGUUUGUUAAUAUUUAUUUCCUGUGCAUAUUGUGGGACCUAUGGGUACCCCCCAUCCGAUCCUUAUACACACUCUAGAUUGUUACAUAACACAUCCCCCCUAGAAGUCUGUAAAGAAUUCCUGAGAUUCCGAUCAAACAAUGACCAACACAAAGGCGGGGUGGGGUUCUCUCCAUCCCACAUCUUGCAUCAUAUUUUUUUUUUUACACAACUAUGACUUUUUUGCCUUUUCACUGCAAUCAUACAGUUAAUAAAUUCUAUUUGACACUGCACUGAUCCAGUCACGACCACUGUGAAUCAAGCCGGGGACUUACCUUGUUGACGAAUGUUUGUGUGUGUUGAAACAUUUUGUACAAUCAAUAAAAAAGUUUAAUUUAAUGUAGAAUGAAAGCGAGGAGCUACAACUCAAAAUGCAAAUACAUGUACUCAAAGCUUAUAAGACCACUGUUGUGUCUGUCUUUUUCAGUUGGUUACUGGACUGCUGUAAUUUUAUUUUAGUGUUUUUUCUUCAUGAAGGAAAUUUUAAUCAUUCGGCCAGUCUAUCUACAUGUACUUUGAAUUAUUUAAAAUUUUAUUUAAUUUUCUUCAUGACAGUGACGCUUGUUACUUAAGUCAAUGAGUGAUUGUAAUGAGUUGUUUUUAUCCAACUACAUGUAUGUGUGUAUUUAUGAAAAAGUAGUCUUUAGAUAGAGAGUAGUUUUAUACAGAUUUGGCAAAUUUGCUUGUUGUAAAGCCUGCAGAACGGAGACUGAACCAGAGGGAAUGUAUGACUUAAUUGAACUGUAAGACAAAAUGGCAAAUUGGGCAGACCAGAGACUUGCUUUGCUGGCUCUGUGUGGAUCUAGAGGAGAGAGACAAGUGAGCACUGACCACAUUCUCAUAAUUUUGGUAUCUUACUGACGCUGGUCUGCACAGACCUCUGCAGUUCUUUAUGAGUGGAUCGGUGUGCAAAUGGAGUUAUUUCAUAGAGAAUUGUUGAUGCUUUACAAUAACUAAUACACCAGGCUGUUGGGUACUAUUGCAAAGACCUUGACCUCGACUCUAAAUUCCCAAAUCCCUCAAAAUCUACCAGAUUUCAGAGGAUUUGCAGUUGCAGGACUUGGCAGGAUUGAGAAGAGACCAGCCACCAUUGCUAAUAGCUUGCCUCUUGGAAGUUCCAGUACAGAGGAUUUGUCAGUGGUUUUCUAGAGGGUUUUGGAGGGUUUAAGAGGUUCCCAGCAAACAUGCCCAGUUAGUUUGAGUUAGUAGUUGGCAUGAUGAAAUGGGUGAUCCUGUUGGAGUCCAGUCCAAAUGGAGUCUUACUUCUUGGAGGAUGUGUGGUGACCUUGAGGAAAUGAAUUUGUCAUGCAUCUUGAUGGCCUUACAGAGAAGCCUUGCAUGGGAAUAGUUUCCAAUAUAUUUUUGAUUUGUUGAUAUGAAGAAGUGCCUUUCACAUGGAAUUGUCUGCUAUCCCAUUUUUAUUGCUAUGCACUGAUUCUUUGUGCUGGAGAUUUUUUCAUUUGUGUUGUCUUUUUUCCGAUGCAGACAAUUUGGUUGUACAAAACCUAUUUAUGAGAUUAAUAAAUUAUGAACUAUUUUGAAA